CCCAAAACAAAAAAUUAAGCAAAGAUAUUUUAAUUUUUAACAACUAUGGAAUGAAUGAAGCAUUUGAUAUUAAGGAUCCCGAUAGUGAUUAUGAUACUUAUGAUGAUAGUACAAGUUCUAUAACUAUUGAAGAAAGUCUUGCAUCUGAAGAUACAAUAGUUAAUGAAAGCAUUGAAAUACAACUAUUUAUAUGA